AAACCACCUCUGUGAUUCACCGCUGCCGCUCCUAGCUGAGUCAUCAUCUUCUUCGUCUUCUUUAAAUCAACUUAAUUUAAUAACUCCCCUGCAAAUAAUAGUAAUAAUGCUAAUAAAAGGGAAUUUCACCCCCUCCCCGCCCCGCUGUUGGAUGUUGUUUCCGCCAUGGAUUUAAGCAGCAGCUGCAACGCCGCCGCCGCCGCUACUGUCAAGACCCCUGAAGCUGAGACUGAGACCACCCCUGCUGCCACUCGGAUCUACCCUGCUAAGCCCCUGUCUUACAGCAGCAACGGCGUGCUUAAGCGCCUCAACAACCCGCUCCGCCGUCGCCCCGGCGACGGCGCCCACUACGCCGUGACCCCUGAAGCUGAGACUGAGACCACCCCUGCUGCCACUCGGAUCUACCCUGCUAAGCCCCUGUCUUACAGCAGCAACGGCGUGCUUAAGCGCCUCAACAACCCGCUCCGCCGUCGCCCCGGCGACGGCGCCCACUACGCCGUGGUUGUGCACUACCGGGAGUGUCUGAAGAACCACGCCGCCGCUCUCGGCGGCCACGCCGUCGAUGGGUGCGGCGAGUUCAUGACCUCUCCCGCUGCGAACCCCGCCGACCCCACCUCCCUGAAAUGCGCUGCUUGUGGUUGCCACCGCAAUUUCCACCGCCGCGAGAUCCCGGACGACGCUCUCUCCCCGCCGGAAUCCGUGCCGGCGAUCGAGUACCAGCCGUACCACCGCCACCACCCUCCUCCGCCGCCUCAGGACUCCCACAGCAGCCCGCCGAGCUCUCCGUCCCCGCCGCCGAUCUCCUCGUCGUACUACCCAUCCGCGCCGCACGUGCUGCUCGCCCUGAGUACCGGAAUUACAGGGCCCCCACACCUAGCCGAUAACAACAACAACAACACCGCCACCCCAACCUCCGCCGCCGACCACCAAUCCAGCAUGCCCGGGUCAAAUCCGAGCGGGAGAAAGCGGUUCAGGACGAAAUUCACCCAAGAUCAGAAGGACAAAAUGGCCGAAUUCGCGGAAAAGGUGGGGUGGAAGAUUCAGAAGAGAGACGAAGAUCUGAUCAACAAUUUCUGCUCCGACAUCGGAGUCGAGAGAGUGGUUUUCAAGGUGUGGAUGCACAACAACAAGAACAUUUCCGGCAAGAAGGACCACCCCAUCGCCGCCGCCGCAAACUACAGCGACGACAAUGCCGGUCACGGUAUGAAUUUCAAUCUACUCAGCGCGAAAAAUUACAAUCUUGACUCGCCGGCCUCCGCCACCUGCCACUUCGACGUCAAGAACGAGAACAAAAACAAUGGCGUUAGUGCCCCCGCCGCCGCCGCCGCCAAUGGGUCUUAUUACUCUUCUUGAUCUGGUGUUAUCCGAUUAAAGUCGUCACAAUUUCUUCUUGUUGAUUAGAUCUUAUUAGCUCCUGCGUAUUAUUACAGCAAUUAAUGUAUUUUCCUCUAUUCUACCUAAAAUUAAUUAACCUUUAUGUUCUUCUCUAAUAGCUUCUCUGUCUGUCUGAAUUAGUGAUUAUAUUACUGCUGCUAAUUAAACUUGCUGAUUAAGG